UGAAUACCUUCUCAGCUGUUCCCCUACAGGUGAGCGGGAGGAUGAGGUAGUGAUCAUGGUCUCUUCAGCCGCGUGGCUGCUCGCAGCUUGCUGCUCAGCUCAGCCCGAGGCUGUCCCAGUCCGCCCUCGUCGCUGCGUCCCCGUGGUGCGCCUGCAUCUGCAUAGCCUGACCAACACCUCCUAGCCUUGUCAUGUCGUCACUCAAGAAUAUCGUCAUCGUUGGCGCCAGCGGUGGUAUCUAUGCUGCCCGGGCACUCGAGAAGACUUUACCUAAGAGCCAUCGAAUCGUGCUCAUCGAAAAGAAUGACUAUGCGUGGUACCAUCCUGCCACCUUGAGGGCUAGCACGAUGCCCUCCGCGGAGGACCUCGCCUUCCAAGACCUCUCCAAAGUCUUUCCUUCCUCCUCCCAACACAUUGUACUGAGUGGGACCGAGGUCACCCACUUGGCCGAGAAGUCAGUCACGAUCAGCAAGGAAUUCGAAGGCAGCACCACUGUGUCCUUCGAGUAUGCCAUCCUCGUCACUGGCGCCAACCACUACGCUCCCUCGGAGCCUAGCGACCGAUCGAAGGAGGGGGCAGUCGAGGGGCUCAAGAAGGCAAUGGCAGGAGCAAAGGAUGCAAAGUCUGUUUUGGUCGUAGGAGGGGGGCCGCUCGGUAUCGAGUAUGUGGGCGAGGUGAAGCAUCAGUACCCUGACAAGAAGGUCACCCUCGUCAGCAAGUCCUCUUCUCUCAUCAGCGGCUUCAAUCCAAAGAUGGGCAAAGCCCUCGAGAAGACCAUGAAGAACAAGGGCGUCGACCUUCGCAUGGGUGCUUCAAUCGACGUGCCCUCGGAUGUGCCCUCCGCAACGCUCCUCCCCUCGCCGCGCAGCUUCACCAUUGUCCCCGCCGAGGGCUCAGGAGACGCCUCACCCUCGGAGGUAGAGGCAGACUUUGUCGUAGUCGCCACAGGCGGCAGGCCAAACACGUCGCUGAUCUCUAACUCUGGCCACCCCAACGCCCUCAACGACGUAGGCGCCAUCCGAGUGGACCCUGCCACGCUACGCCUCACCGAGCCAGCUCUAGGCUUCUACUUUGCGUACGGGGAUUGCUGUGACGCUCCCGGCCCCAAAACCUUUGUAUCUAUGAAAGGCCAAGCACCCGUCGUCGCAGCUCAGGUGGCAUCCUUGGUCGCGGGCAAGGGCAAAGCGAGCAAAUCGACAUGGAAGGAGCCUCCGCAGAUCAUGAUGGUCAGCUUCGGGCCGAAGGAUGGACAAGGCGUCCUCUUCGGGUGGACAGUGCCUGCUUGGUUCGUAGCGCUUGUGAAGAGCAGGGAGUUGUUUGUGAGCUCGUGGAAGCAGGAGUAUUUGGGAAAGGCGUAGAGGAGGAGGAGAUGGAGAGAGAGAGUGUGUGUGCAAUGCUUUCCAUUUCGUCGACGUCGUCGUGGUAUACCCUCCUGCUGAGGUCUCUUUCUGCAAUGGUACCAUUCUUCGCUCGCUCAGUCAUCAUCCGCCUCGA